GCGGAGCCGUUGCGCGACGAGCGUCGUUGAAAAAUCAAUGAACGCCGUUAUCUCGGCAAAAGCUCUCUCCUGGCCGCCGCCACCGCCGCCGCCUCGUCGCGCGUUUGAUAAUACGCGGGUUUUGUACACAAGCGGAAAACAUCAAAACAAAACGAAUUCCACCGCUGACCGCACAAUAUAUUAUAUCACAAUAAUAUAUUAUACGCGACGCACAGAGGUGUACGCGUAACCGCGACAGUAAACAUUAUUACCAAUCGAUUACCGCGACCUUUAUAACGUUAUAUUGUAUAUUGUAUCGCGCAAAAGUCGACCGUACCGCGAACACCGUCUUCCGCGCUCAACGUUAUUAUUUCGGCGCACCGUCUCUGCAGCAGUACAGAUCGCAUUUAUCGCUGUCAUCGUCGAUCGUCGCAGGUAUGGAUCCUGGUCCUCAAGCCUACGGGGCCGGCAAGGUCGGCGGCCAGUUUAACGUUCAAAACUUUGUCCGCAAGCCGCACGUGUUCGUCAGACUGUUGUCGUUGUUAUUUGGUUUGAUCGUAUAUUUUUGUGCAUCAUCUGGCUCAUGGACUACAGACACAAAAACCAACGAGGAAGUAUGCAUGUUCAAGCUUAAGAGUUUUGGAUGUCACAUUGGUGGAGUGGUGGGUUUUACGUCAGUGAUCGGAGCAGCUGUAUUCGUUGGCGGCGAAUAUUAUUUUGAAAACGUGCCGUCGGUGAAAAGCCGUAAACAUUAUGUGCUCAUUGACCUUGGAUUCUCAUGUCUAUGGUCGUUUUGGAAUUUUUUACUUUUCAUUUAUCUAUCUAACUCAUGGAGUGAUACACCCGAUUUCCCUGAUUCAAUUAGCACUGCCAAUCCAACCACUGCCAUUUAUUUUGCAUUAUUUGCUAUUUUUUCAUGGGGGACUUCUGGAUAUUUUUCAUACCAAAGAUAUCAAAUGGGCGUAGAUCCAGCAUUUAUAUCAUCUUUUGAAGCCGAUCAGUUUGGAGCAUACGACGAAACGCAAAAUAACAGUACCAACGAAUCUCCGUUUAAUAAACAGAUGUCGGGUGAAUAUCAAACUCAAGCUUACUAAGUACACAAUCAGUUUUCCAACGAUGAUACUGAACAUACCAGGAGAUUGUGUUUUUACUACACGUCAUACCAAAUUACUUAUCGCCGAUGGUAUUACUGGUUUUAUUACUUCACAAUAACUAAACAACGUAUUUUAUUGAAUAGUUAGUUGCGAGUAGUAUCAAUUUUUGAAAUUUGUAACAAAUUCGUUUAUGAUAAUUAUAUGUAUUUUUAUUAUUAUUAUUAUUUAUUUAUUAUUUUUUUUUUUUUUUUUUGAUAUACUUAUUGUAUCAUUACAUUUUAAACUAAUAUUCUAUACAUCAUUGUUGUUGUCCAUUUAUAAAAACAUAAGUAAAUUUUAGUAAAAAAUUGUGAAAUAAUUAUUGGUAUUGUUAAUAGAUUUUCUUUAAAUAAAAUUAUAUCAAGCGCCGAUGAAUGCUAAAAUGAAAUAUAAUGCAUCACGGCGCAAAGUUUAACGAUCAAAUUCUUAGAGUUUAUACUCCAUAACAUAAUAUGCAUAGCUGUUUAUGUAUAUACUGUUAUAAGUAACGUACAAAAAAAAGUAAUGUAAUUCUAAUCAAUCUCUAUAAUAAUGUUCUUUUUCUAAAAUAUAAGUGACAAACAUAUUUUUAAAUAAAUAGAAAUAAUUACUCAUAUUAAUAAAAAUGUCGCAGGCAAUAUUAGAUUUUAGUAAUUUAGAUAUAAUUUAGGUACAUCAUCGUGAUCAAUGCGAUUAUUACGAACGCAUUUCUGUUUCGCCGUAUCAGUAUUUUGUCGGUAGAUACCUCCUAUAUCUUAAUAUUAUAUACUAUUAUAUAAAUUAUUAAUCAACUAUUAAUAUAAACAUUACUAUAUUAUUACAUACAAGUGCUAACGCACGUAUAUAUUAUAUAUUUUUUUUCUUGAAAUAUAUUUGAAGUGAUGAGAAAUAUAUGCAUACGGAUUAUUCA